AUGACUAUGAAGAGCAAAGAUUGCCGUUCCAGAUCGGAGUACGGGGCCACCCAGCCGACCACAAAUACCAUGUCAGGGUGUAUAGUCGCCGAAGCUGAUAAUGACCAGAUUGAGCAGGAGGCGACUGCGUACGGCCACGGCAAUUUCCAGCGGCGCAUCUUCUGCUACGGCAUUGUGGCCCUGGUGGUGCUGCAAUGUCACAACCAGGUCUUCGCGUUCAUCUGCCCGUCGGUGGAUCACUGGUGCAAGCCGGCCAAGCGCUUCGCUAACAUGUCGACGCCACUCUGGAAGAACAUUGCGAUUCCCGUCGACGACGACGGCCAUUACAGCGAGUGCUUAGUCUACGUGUACCCGGGGAACGUCAACGACACUACGGUCAAGCACUGCGACUCGUGGGACUACGCAGCGGGGGAAACAGAUCGGUCCGCGCGCACAUUCUGGAACCUCAUGUGCCACAGGACCUGGCUGUUAAGCCUUGCGGAAGUGGUGUACAGGAGUGGCGCGAUCUUCAUACCAGUGGCCGGCUAUGUCGCCGACAUGUCGGGUCGCCAGCCUGUUAUCACCGCAGCUGUGCUGUCACUCGUUUUCAGCACCAUCGCAGGCUGCUUCACGGAGUCGUUCGUGAUCUACUUGGUAACCAGGUUCAUCAACUCGGCGUGCGCCAGCACGGUCCAGAUGUUGACAGUCAUCGUGCUAUUUGAGGUCAUACCACUGGAUUUCCGCACCUACUACAUCGGCUUCGCCUGUUCCCUCGGAAACCUCGUGGCGGAACUCUUCUUGCUUUUUCUGAAAUCGCUUUACAACAGCAUCGGUUGGUUCUUCGCACAGAUUAUCGCCUUGGCGCCAACGCUCCUCCUGCUGUCAGCGCCUUUGGUCAUCUACGAAUCGCCGAUAUGGCUGAUGUCCAUGGGCCGCAUAAGGAAGGCCGAGGCCAUUAUGCUCAAGGCAGCCAGAAUCAACGGUGUGCGGCGAGAGAACGCGGAAAACGCACUGAAAGCCAUCAAGAACGAUACGAGCAGAAGCGACGCCAGCCUGUCGCCGGCUGUAACUCCUUUGGCCAUCGUCACGCCCGGCGUGAUCCGCGUGAGGGCGAUCAGCGUUUUCUUCUCGAGCUUCGCCAUCAUGUUCGCCUUCUUCAUCAUAACGAGGAGCAGCCGCUUGCAAGGGGAGCUGAAUGCCGCUCACAUAGCGUCCGUCUUAAUCUUGGCUCCCAGUUACCUGGCAAUGUACUGCGCCUUGAACUCGUUUGGCAGGCUGAAGCUUUUGACGGUGUUGCUGGCUCUCCUCGGCGGAAUGUCGACCAUCUGCGGCAUCGCCAUCUACGCCCGCCCUGUCGAGGUUUCCUACGUACUAGUAAUCGUCGCCAGGGCUGCGGUCAGCGUCCUGAUACCGACCAACUUCCUGUACAUAAUAGAGCUCUUCCCCACGGUCCUUCGUAGCGCCGUCGUGUGCGGCGCUUACAGCUGUGGCCGAGUGGGAGCCGUUCUUGCCGCCAGUCUGACGCCCGUCAAAUUCGCCGGAAGAGAGGAUGUGUGUUUCGCGUUGGCGGCCAUGGCGACUUUCGCAAACCUAGUGGUUGUGAUGCAGCUACCAGAGACCAGCGUCGGCAUCAAGGCGACCGAAGAAGUGAAGAAACAGAAAGACCUUUUGAACGUCCUGCAGCGGAGCCUGUCGCCGCUGCGGCCGAAACGCCGUCGAAUGCGUGGCAAAGCAGGCUCGAGCCGUAACGAGCCGUAG